AUGUCGCAGUCACUAGAGAGCCGGCUGGCUGCUAAGCCCAAGAUCCUAUUCUUUACAGACUUCGACGGCACAAUCACACUUCAGGACACCAACGACUUCGUGACUGACAAUUAUGGCCAUGGCUAUGACACCCGGAGAGGCAUUAUGGACGAGAUCCUAAAGGAAACCGAGACAUUCCGAGGCGGUUUCCAGAAGAUGCUUGAUUCAUGGAAUAUGCCUUUUCCCAAAGUCCUCGAGAUCUUGAGCGAAAACAUCCAGCUGGACCCGGGGUUUAAGGACUUCAUGGUAUGGGCUCGCUCAAACAAGGUCCCUGUCAUUGUUCUCUCGAGCGGUAUGUACGGCGUCAUCGACACUUUGCUCAAGUUGCUACUUGGAGAUGACCUAGCCUCCGACCUGGAGAUCAUCAGCAACACUACAAAGCCUAUACCGCCCAAGAAUAGCUUGGACGAAGCCAACGGCUGGACCAUUGAAUUCCACGACGACUCAGGCUUUGGUCACGACAAGAGUCUGACCUUGCGAGAGUACGCCAAGGCGAUCGAGAAGCUGCCUGCAGACCAGAGACCAACUAUGCUAUAUGCCGGCGAUGGAGUCAGUGAUCUCUCAGCCGCCAGGGAGUCAGAUCUCCUCUUCGCCAAGGAAGGACAGGAUCUUGUCACCUAUUGCGAGCGAGAAGGAAUUCCGUUUACAACAUUCAAAGACUGGACCGAAAUAAAGCGAGAAACAGAACAAAUCUUUUCCGGAGAGAAAAGUGUCAAGCGACUUGCUACGGAGAGCCUGCAGCGCGUGCGGACCAAUUCGAUCGAGAACCAGUCAAAUCCGCCAAAGCCCAGGAGAGCAAGCUCGUUCGACCAAGCUGCGGCAGAGCAAGAGUUGAAGCGGCUGCGAAGCGGUGUUUCCGUCGAGGAUGCGAUCAAGGAAUAG